CCGGUGAAUACUGUCAUCCAAAAUGUCAGCACCCUAGCAUCUCAUGCUCCAGGGUUAUCGUGGGGUUGUUCAGUGUAAAGUUUCGUGUGUUUUGUUUUAAUUUCGUUUUCAUUAAGACCGUUCGUAAAUGGCCUGCUACAGAGGCACAUGUCAACACAUAGAGCACACCACGGUUAGCUAACGUUAGCUGACUUGUCCCUGCGAGGCUAACAGGACCACAACAUGUCGUUGUUGUCUGUGUUCUCUCCUUUACUGAGACGUGUCUCUCAGUUUAAGACACACAGACGGAAAAUACACAGCUACGGGCUGAGCUACUCUGUGCUGAGACACUGCUGGGCGAAGAGGACUCCUGUCUUCUCCAGCAGCUGCAGGACGAUAAGAACACAAACAGACAAGGAGUCCAUUGACCUGUCCGCGUUCCCUCCAGAAAGAAUCAGGAACUUUUGCAUCAUCGCCCAUAUUGACCAUGGAAAAAGCACUUUGGCUGACAGGCUGUUGGAGAUGACUGGUGCCAUAGCAAAGAAUGAGAAGAACAAACAGGUGCUGGACAAGCUUCAGGUGGAGCGAGAGAGGGGUAUCACAGUAAAGGCCCAGACAGCCUCGCUGUUUUACAGCCACCAGGGGGAGCAGUAUCUCCUGAACCUCAUUGACACACCGGGUCAUGUUGACUUUAGUUACGAAGUGUCUCGAUCAAUUUCUGCAUGCCAAGGUGUCCUGUUAAUCGUCGAUGCCAAUCAGGGAAUUCAAGCGCAAACGGUGGCUAACUUCUACCUAGCUUUUGAAGCUCAGCUGUCAAUCAUUCCUGUCAUCAACAAGAUUGAUUUGAAAAAUGCUGACCCAGAGAGAGUCGAGUCACAGAUUGAAAAAGUGUUUGAUAUUCCAAGUGAAGAAUGUAUUCGGAUCUCAGCUAAACUUGGAACAAAUGUUGAAAGGGUUCUCCAGGCAGUCGUGGACAGGAUUCCACCGCCUGUGGCAAAAAUCGAUGACCCAUUUACAGCCCUAGUGUUUGACUCCGAUUUUGAUCACUACAGAGGUGUGGUGGCCAACAUUGCUGUGUUUGGGGGUCAGGUCAGAAAAGGGGACAAGGUUGUGUCAGCACAUCUCGGCAAAACCUAUGACGUCAAUGAGCUGGGGCUUCUACGGCCAAAUGAGCACCCAACACAGAAGCUAUUUGCAGGCCAAGUGGGCUACAUAGUAGCUGGCAUGAAGGAUGUGAAGGAGGCACAGAUUGGUGAUACACUUUACCUCCAGAAGCAACCAGUGGAGGCUCUACCAGGGUUUAAACCUGCGAAACCUAUGGUCUUUGCUGGCAUGUAUCCGAUGGACCAGUCAGAAUACCCUGGCCUUCGCAGUGCCAUUGAGAGACUGACCCUGAAUGACUCAAGUGUCACAGUGCAGAAAGACAGCAGUCUGGCCCUGGGAGCAGGCUGGAGACUUGGCUUCCUGGGUCUUCUUCACAUGGAGGUGUUCAAUCAAAGGCUGGAGCAGGAGUACAAUGCCUCUGUUAUAGUAACAGCGCCCACUGUGCCCUACAAGGCUGUGCUCUCCUCAACCAAACUCAUCAAGGAACAUGGCAGUGAGGAGAUCACUGUUGUGAAUCCUGCUCAGUUCCCAGACAGAUCGGUUGUGUCAGCGUAUUUGGAGCCCAUGGUGCUCGGGACCAUUCUUGCUCCAGACGCCUACACUGGCAAGAUCAUGUCUAUCUGCGCGAACCGCAGAGCUGUCCAGAAGAACAUGGUGUACAUAGACGACCAGCGCGUCAUGAUGAAGUAUCUCUUUCCAUUAAAUGAAAUUGUUGUGGAUUUCUAUGAUCUACUCAAAUCAAUGUCAUCUGGAUAUGCAAGCUUCGAUUAUGAGAACGCAGGCUACCAGGCUGCUGAUUUGAUCAAGAUGGACAUUCUGCUGAAUGGGCGACCAGUGGAAGAACUCACCACAAUUGUUCACAGAGAGCGUGCAUACGCUUCAGGGAAAGCCAUGUGUGAGCGACUCAAAGACUCCAUACCAAGGCAGAUGUUUGAGAUAGCUGUACAGGCAGCUAUAGGAAGUAAGAUCCUUGCAAGAGAGACAAUAAAGGCAUAUAGAAAAAAUGUGCUGGCUAAAUGUUAUGGAGGUGACAUAACACGUAAAAUGAAGCUGCUGAAGAAACAGGCCGAGGGCAAGAAGAAGAUGAGGCGAAUUGGAAAUGUGGAUGUUCCCAAAGAUGCCUUUAUUGAUGUUCUGAAGAGAAAAGACAAAUAGACUGUCAUAUGUAAUUAUAUUAUAAUUAUGUUGAACAAGAUUUAGUUAUUCAAAAGCAAUUCUAGAUUCCUGUAAUAAAAGUUUAUUGGUAAUGCAAA